ACCGCCAUAGUAGAAGGCAUCUGUAUUAUUUUAUUGAAUUUGUAUGCUGAUGAUAAGUCUCUACUGUGUACUAGAUUCUAAAUUUUAAAUCUAGGCUAGAUCUAGUAAUCUUUAAGUUUUAGAUAAUUUAAAUAGUUUCAACCAUAUAAAUGGCUAGGAGAGGCAUAAAAAGGAAAGCACCCGACCUAGGUCAUUUGCCUAGCUUGGGUGAUUUUACACCUACUAUGUUUUUAAGAUGUCACAACCAAAAGGAAGAAGAUGACGAAACUAAAAUUUGGAAAUGUGCUUUUGAGCCUUCUCUUGAAAAUCCAGAUGAAACGACCAAUCUCCUGGCAACGUGCGGGGGAAAGACUGUCUGCAUCAUAGAUGUCAACACUCAGCAAGUUCUAAAAAGGUUCCAGGACACAGAUAAAUAUGAAAAUUUCUACACAUUGGCUUGGACCAGCAUUGAGCUAGCAGGCAAGAAAAAAGUAAACAUACUAGCAGUUGCAGGGGAAGGGGCCGCCAUCAAGUUAAUUUACCCCAGCCAACUGUUGAUGUAUGCAACCAUUCGUGGCCACAAGAAAUACAUUAGCUGUUUGCUCUUCCAUCCUACCCUGACAAGACUCUUGUUUAGUGGAUCAAGGGAUGGUUUUGUGUAUCUUUGGGAUAUAGGAAUCCCAGACAAAGCACCAAGUGCAUCAUAUGUGCCACUGUUGAAGAUUUCCCUCCAAGACUCCUUUGGUGAUGCUCUCAAUCUCAUCUUUUGUGAGAGGUCGCAGUUGUUGAUUGCUGGGGCUGAGAGGGGCUGUGUGGGUUGGGUGGUUGGUGACUGCCAGCUUCUAACCCCAGUCAGAAGGGCUAAAGUCAUUGAGCGUGCAGAUAUUGUGUUCCAACACCCGAAAUCUAAAACACAAACUAUUGAUGGGUUGAUUAACUUGCCUGGCGACUUAAUAGCUACCAAACAAGUUGGAUCUGGAGAAAUUCUGAUAUGGGACCUCACCAAGCAUGUACAAAAAGAAAUCAAAGAGGUUCUAAUUGAACCAAUGAUAAAACUCAAAUACCCCCAGACAAGUGUUAAAUAUCUAAACCUGGGCUUUAGCAACGGUCUGCUGGGAGUGGGAGAUGACCAGGGUAACCUCCUGCUCUACAACAUACAGAACGUCCUGAAAAAACACAGCGAGGAUGAAGAAAAUGUGUGGGAGGCUUCAAAUAUUCUUGAGUGGCCAAAUAUUGUAAAUUUGCAGUCAACAAACACUCCACGACAGGAACUGGUGGUAAACACAGUGGCCAUCAGUAGUAGUCACGAGUACAUCACAGGGGGAACAGACAACAACUUGGUUUGUAUCUGGAAAAGGGACGAAGAUGUAACACAAGAUGGAGAGACGGAAAAAUGAACAUGGCUCAUUUUUAGUUUUUAUUCUUAUUGACAAGCGGCGACAUUACAUC